UGAUGACCAAUAAGGUUUGAGGGGUGUGGCCUGCUCUGCUCGGGCAGUUGAUGAGACCUCUCGAAGGUAACACAACUAAAUCCUGGCAAUGGCGAAUGUGACCAAGAAAUCCGCUUCCGGAGCGGAUCUUUCUGCUUUUUCGAUGAAUACUCAAGCAGUGGCUACGCCUGUCACACCGAUAAAGACCAAGGCGGCCUACAAACUUUAUCCCCCAGGCCUUCUUAAUAAAAUGGCCCUAAAGGCCAACAAACAUGGGAAACGUGCCCUGAAAAGGAGUUCCACCAAGAAGGAUGUUAAAGAAUUAACUCCACCCGUAAAAAAGAAAGGCAAAGAUUCACCACCAAUGGAGGAGUCACAGCCACUGAUGGAGCAUCCUGCAAAUCCUGCUAAUGAUAAACCUACUACCUGUGAAGCAAGCACCAUGACCGAACCUGAAGAAUUAAAUCCACCACUGCAAAAGAAAGGCGAAGAUUCAUCACCAAUGGAGGAGACAUGGCCUGCAGAGCCUGCUAAGUAUCAACCCACUACCUGUGAUGCAAGCACCAUGACUGAUCCUGAAGAACUAACUCCAAUGCAAAAGAAAGGCGAAGAUUCACAACCGAUGGAGGAGACAUGGCCUCUGGUGGACCAACUUGCAAAGCCUGCUAAGUAUCAACCAACUACAUGUGAAGCAAGCACCAUGACAGAUGCUGACGAAACAGCUCCACCCAUGCCAAAGAUAGGCAAAGAUUCACCAAUGGUGCAGGAGCCAGAGCCUCUGGUGGAACAACAUGAAAAGCCUGCUGAGCUUCAACCCACAAAACCGGCUGAGGAUCAACCUACUACCUGUGAAGCAAGCUACAUGGCUGAUGAUGAAGAAGUAAUUCCACCCCCUCCAAAGAAAGGCAGAGAUUCACCAUUGAUGGAGGAGCCACAACCACUGGCAGAGAACAAUGCAAAGCCUGCUGCAGAUCAAGCAGCACCACCUGCAGAAGAUCGACCCACUACUAGAGAAGCAAGCUCCAUCACUGGUGCUGAAGAAGUAAUUCCACCCAUGGCAAAGGAAGGCGAAGAUUUACCAAUGAUGGAAGAGCCACAGCCUAUGUUGGAACAAACUGCAAAGCAUGUUGAAGAUCAACCCAGUACAUCUGAAGAAAGCGCCUCAACUGAUGCUGAAGAAGUAACUCUACCUUUUCAGAAGAAAGGCAAUGAUUCACCACUGAUAGAGCAGCGACAGCCUCUGGUGGAACAACCUGCAAAGCCAGCUGAACAUCAAUACUCAAAGCCUGCUGAAGAUCAACCCAGCCCCUCUGAGGCAAGCUCCAUGAGUCUCAAGGUGGAUAGCCAAUAGAUGGCUAUCUUGAAGAUGGGAAAUUCCCAUUCCUAUAAACAAUAAAAUUCAAAAUGAUAUUUUUAAAAAUAAAUGCAUUCCAAUUUGAAAA